CAUUCUAGUUUAAACUUUUGAGUGGUUUGUGUCUCCUGAUUGGACUCCUACAAAUACAGAAUUGAUGGUAGGAAGUGUACCAGGAGAUAGACCCACAUAGAUGGGAUUUGGGAAUAGGUUUGGUUAUCCAAGGAGCAGUGCUGAGCUCCUUGCUAAUGGGAUAUGGGAUGCUGGUGAUUUCCAGGAAGUGACCUCACAAUGACUCAAGCUACCACUUACUGUUGAUUGUGAUGAAAUACCAGGUGAAGGCCGGGUGCGGCGGCUCACCCCUGUAAUCCCAGCACUUUGGGAGGCCAAGGCAAGUGGAUCACAAGGUCAGAAGAUCAAGACCAUCCUGGCUAACACGGUGAAACCCCGUCUCUACUAAAAAUACAAAAAAUUAGCCGGGCGUGGUGGCAGGCACCUAUAGUCCCAGCUACUUGGGAGGCUGAGGCAGGAGAAUGGCGGGAACCUGGGAGGCGGAGCUUGCAGUGAGCCGAGAUCGUGCCACUGCACUCCAGCCUGAGCGACAGAGUGAGACUCCAUCUCAAAAAAAAAAAAAAAAAGAAAUACCAGGUGAAGCAUAUGCCCUGCAAGCUUAGGGGUGCUACAGUUGACCACUGCAGCAGUAAAGAUGACUGAAGAAUGGCAUGGGAUGGAUCCUUUCGAAUGCACUUGAGCAGCAGUCUCCAAACACAGGGCCACAGAGCCAGAGAAUGUGUUUAUCACUUCCAGCUGAAUCUACCAUGAAAGACUUCUGAAUCCAGGAAAAGAGACUGACUGGGUAACAUGUUAUUCAGGAGAUGGGGUCUCACCCUGUCACCCAGGCUUGAGUACAGUAGUGCUAUCACAGCUCACUGCAGCCUUGAACUCCUGGGCUAAGGAUCCUCCUACCUGAGCCUCCUGAGUAGCUGGGACUGUAGGGUCUCCCUCUGUUGUCCAAGGCUGGAGUGUAGUAGUGCUAUCACAGCUGACUGCAGCCUCAACCUUCCAGGCUGAAGCGAUCCUCCCAUCUCAACCUCCCACGUGGCUGAGACUACAGGUGCUUGCCACUAUGCCCAACUAAUAUUUGGAAUUUUCCUAUACGUGGAUUCCAGAGGGGUGACAGCAAAAUGUGGGACCAUCCAGUUGCAGGAAAACAAGCUUAACACACCCACUGAUUCUACAUUAUGCUCCUACCUCCCGGCAGCCUCUCCAGGCCCAGAACUUUCUCCAGUCAGCCUCCACAGACCAAGCUCAUGACUCACAAUGGCCUAUUUAGGCCCAUACCCUACCUCACAGCAGUCUCCGCAGAUGAGGCUACUGCCUCACAACAGCCUCCACAGGCACAGCUCCACCGUUACAAUGGCCUCUUUAGACCCAGCUCCUGCCCCCCAGCCUUCUCUCCAGGCCCUGAACUUUCUCAAGUCGACCUCACCAGGCCCAGCUUAUGCUUCUUGGCAGCCUCUCCAGGCCCAGCUCCUGCAUCUUGGCGGCCUCUCCAGGCCCAGCCUCUGCCUCCCGUCGGCCUCUACAGUCCCAACAUCUGCCUCACAGCAGAUUCUUCAGGCCCAGCAUCUGCCUCAUUGUGGACCCCCCAAGCCAAGCUCCCAACAUUUCAGCAGCUUCUACACACCCAGCUCCUGCCACCCAGUGGCCUCUUUAGGCCAAGCUCAUGCCUCACAAGGGCCUUUCCAGGCCCAACUUUUGUCUCAUGGCAACCUUCCCUGGCCAGAUUCCUGCCUGUCUCCCAGCAGCCUAGAUAGGCCCAGGUCUUGCCUCACACUGGCCUCUCUACAUCCAGCUCAUGCCUCACGGUGGCCUCUCCAGGCCCAGCUCCUGUCCCAGGA